CUUUACACAGAUUAAAAAUAUUCGUUGCCGCGAGCGUCAGCUGCGUCAGUGAAAAAUUUUUCGCUUUGCUUGUAAAUGUUUGUAUCAAAUUACGUUGAAAUAACUAUUCGUGUCGCAUGAGGGUUACUGUGAUUGUGAUUCCUUAGUUCGUGUAAUAGUUGGAGUUUCUGUGGCCGUUGAGGUUAUCUACAUAUUGAAUAACGACUUGCAAGAUGGUAAUAGAGAAAGUCCAUGGUCUUCAUGCUACGGGGAUGAGUCUCCAUGAUCGGUUUUCGAUGUUGGCGAGCGCAGCACCGGAUCGUGUACUGCAGAGGAAAAGACGCGCUUCAGUAGGAUCCCUAAUAAGCCAAAAUUACAACUACAGCAACCGUCUGAUUGAGCAGGUCGCUCGCCGGCUGGAGAUGCAAGCUAAAAGGCUAGCACUUAGACAACGGCUAGGUUAUCAACAGUCAAACUUACGCCGAGUGGGCAGCGAUGGCAACCUAGCAGGACUAAGGAGGUCUAACAGUUUUGGUAAUCUCAGCCAACAGAGCAUCAAGAAUAGAGUGGCUUGGAGACAGUCUAAUAAUAAUCUUAGCAGAUCAGCUUCGAUCAGUAACCUGGCCAAUCUAGCAUGGCGCGCUCGACCAGCACGCGGGUUUCGCAAACGCGGCGGCGGCCAGAGAGCAUUGCGGGGCAAGCUGAGGACUGGUCGUCAAGUAGGAAACCGUCAGGUUGGUCAGUUGAGGCAGCGGAAUGGUUUGCAACAGAACGGGCAACAGCGUCGCGGUUUCCAGCAACGCCGAGGAAUGCGUCGCCGAGGUGGACAGCAACAGAACGGUCAACGUCGUCAGCCACAACUACAGAAUGGCACACACACACAGAACCAACAGGCUGGGCCACUCGGACAACGACCACAGACUGCACGACGCGGCCGCGCGAGAGGACGAGGUGGAAUCACACGCAGCCAGUCACAGAACCCUAUUUUAACCAAGGAGGAGUUAGAUGCACAACUGGACCAGUACAUGUCAUGCACUAAGGCAGCUUUAGACCAGGAGCUAGAUAACUAUAUGAGAAACGCCAUGGAAUUGGAGUGAUGAAGAAACUAUUUGUGACUUAGUGUGUGUUCUAGUGAUUUAAGUGGAUGGGUGAGACUUUUAUACUAACUGUCUUUGACUAGUUUCUUUAAUAUAGACCAAGAGCUUACCACUUUGAUUUGUAAGACAUUUCAAGUUUAGCUCAGUCUCUUGUUGACAUUAAAAUCUGUAUCGAAUCAUCAUUUUGUGACGUCAUUUGCGUAAUGACGUCAUCGUUUGCGGAAUUGUUUAAAGUUUUAUGGUAAAAUAUAUAUUGCAACGAUUCAUAUCAUUAUUCAUUAACUUUUGUCUUAGUUUGUGUGAACAGUUGUUCUGAUCCAACUUAGCCUGGUAACAUAAUGUUUUUAUACUUUAUGCCUGAAACUGGUGUAACUGGUGAAACUAUGUUCAUAAAUGUAAAUAUAAUAUAUUAACUGUAGAGUCGGGUAGUUGCCCACGUAAGAAAAUUAAAAAUCUAAUUAGUCCGUCAGUUAGAUAUUGAAAAAAUAUUAGACACGUACA